GUAGGAAGCACGAGUGCGCAGGCGCAGAAGUGAGCGCCGUAACUAGAGCGGAGCGAUGUCUCGGAAGCAGGCGGUUAAAGCCCGGCCGGGGAAGGCGGAGGCCGAGCGGAAGCGGGACGAGCGGGCGGCGCGGAGGGCUCUGGCCAAGGAGAAGCGGAACCGGCCCGAGGGCGAGGAGGGCGGCUUAGCUGGGCAGCUCCAAGCGCUGGGGCUUCGGCUCCGGGAAGUGCCGGGCGACGGGAACUGCCUCUUCCGGGCCCUUGGGGACCAGCUGGAGGGCCACUCCCGGAACCACCUCAAAUACCGCCAGGAAACGGUGGACUACAUGAUCAGGCGGCGGGAGGACUUCGAGCCUUUUGUGGAGGACGACGUCCCCUUCGAGAAGCACGUUGCCAACUUGGCCCAGCCAGGGACGUUCGCCGGCAAUGACGCUAUUGUGGCCUUUGCGAGGAACAACCAAGUGAACGUCGUCAUCCAUCAGCUCAAUGCCCCUCUGUGGCAGAUUCGCGGGACAGAUAAAGGCAACGCCAGGGAGCUGCACAUCGCAUAUCGGUACGGAGAACACUACGACAGCGUCCGGAAGAUAAACGACAACGCGGAGGCUCCUGCCAGGCUACAGACAGAGAUGCUCAGCAGAAAGGAAUCCGGUAAAAAAGAGAAAAUCCAGCUGAAGGGAAAGGAGGCAAAACCCGAAGAGGACAUGCAAGAUGAAAUCGAAGACGCGGUCCAGAAAGUCCGGAAUGCAACCGGCUGCAUGGAUUCUGACUUAAUUGUCCAGAUCCUUGAAACGGAGAACUAUAACAUUGACUCCGCGAUAUUUGCAGUUUCUCAGGUGAACGAGGUGCAAAGGCUGCAUGCUGAGGAGGUUCAAGCGACCCAGGCAAACAGGCAGAAGCAGCAUCCCAGGCCAGCCGCUUGGGAAGAGAACGGCAGUGGAGCCAGAAUAUUUGGGAGCCAGGAGGUAGAAAACAACAAGUCUCAAAGGAGCCCUGUGGAAGGAAACCAAGGCAGCAAAAAACAGCAGGCCCAGAAGCAGAUGUCCAGCAAGCAAAAGAAGGAGCUGCAGCGGCUGGAGAAGAAACGGCGGCAGGAAGACCGGCACCGGCAAAAAGUCCUGGCUGGCAAGGACAACAACAAGAACGAGCCGGAGCCCGAGUCGCAGGUGACGCUGGUGAAGACGGUUGCAGCUCUCAACAUCUGACCUCACGGCACUUGUCCUUUUAGAAACGCCAAAGGUACAAGCGAGGAUGAUAUGGGUCUUCACUGUUGCAAGUCAGAAAAUCACCCCUCGAUCUUGUCUGUCUUUGUUGGCUGCAGUAUCGUUGGUCACAGGUGCGAAAGCUGGCAUGGAGUGGAUGAACAGUUGGGACAUUGGAGAUGGACAAGAGGAGGAACCUGGAGAUAGGCCCCACUCUCAGCAGCUCUGCAAGUCUGAUGCAAUUUGGUUUCUGAAUCUUUCACAACUGACUGGCAUCAGCUAUCCCAUCCCUGGGUGCCAGAAUUUUCUUUACUCAGGAAUAUACUUUUCCUCCUCCUCCUCCUCUUCUUCUUUUUGCAAAGUAAAUAGAAACAAAAUGAAACGCUUCCCGAGCUCAAAACGAAACUCUCUGCCAAAUGUUGGGCAGGGUGUUAUUGACCCUUGGCUUUUCUUUGUGGUGUUUUAAACCCGACACGGUGCUCAGCCUGGCAUUUCUGGUCCUUGGCAUGGAGCGGUUGAAGUGGGGGCAAGUGCAGCAGGCAGGGAAAGUUAUCCUACUGUCUUAGCCUAUAGUCUGGGUCUGUGCACUGUAUGUGUGUUGUUGUUGCAUUCUGUAUGCACCGUACAAAGCACCCUCCAUAACUCAGACUCCUCUGUCUCAUAGCAAUGGCAUUUGAACUACAGCUCCCACAAUCCCCAAUGGGAUUGUUUUGGGGAAUGUAGUCCCCCACCCCAUCUCAGAAGUCACUUUUCCAGGUGCUGCCGCUCAGGACAUUCAAGAAGUGUUGCAUUGUGUAGCUUCAUUUUGAACGCUGGGAGUUUGCUUUCCUCCUGAACGGUACAGGACUUCAACCAAAGAUGCCAGAAACUCAAGGUAUAGACUCAAAAACAAUAAUUGCACUACAUCCUUGUUUUGCUCUCUGAAACCCUUGGUUUGCUUCCCAAGACAUUUAUUGUUGCUCAUUUCAGCAGUGAAUGGAUGGAAACCAAGGGGGCGAUACAGGUUAAGUUUUAAAAUAUGCAUAUAGAAAUAGUAUUUACAUAGAGAUUGUAACAUAGAUGCAUCGAAUGUGCCUUCGUUUGGGUGGUUGCAAAGGUGGAUUUUGGGAAGUGCUGCUUGUCUUUUCUUUUCCUACUCCUGCCUACCUACCAUGAGAAAAUCUCUCCGCAUCUUCUAACAGCUAAAAAUAAGAAUCCUGUCUGCCUGGUAUCUCUUGGCCAAAAGAUGGAUUUGCCUGACCAGCACUUAAAAGUUUAUAGAGAAGAAGGAACUCAAAUUGGAGUGAUAUUUUACUGCAAGCUCACUGGUCAUAGAAAGUGGCAAAGCAGGUAACAGUCUGAAUCUUUCUUGGACAAAACAGACUCAUUCAAGGGACUGUUGGUGAAUCGACAAUUAAUAUAAAUCGAUUUAAUUGGACAGAGU